CCUUUCCGUUCCCGCCUCCUUCCCGUCCCCGUGCCCGCUGCUUUUCCGUGUCCCCGUGUCCGCUGCCCCGGCCGGUGCCCCCGUCCCCAUCCCCGUCCCCUGCCCGCUUCGGCGCUGUCCCGGCGCUGUCCCCGUGUGUCCCCGUGUGUCCCCCGGGCCAUGUCUGGGCGGGCGGUGCGCCUGCUGCGGCUGGGCGCGGUGCCGUACGCGGAGGCGCUGCGGGUGCAGGAGCGCUGCGUGGCGGCGGCGCGGGCGGCGCGGGGCCCGGCGGCGCUGCCGGUGCCAGCGGCGGCCCGGGGCGGCCCGGAGGAGCCGCCGGCGGAGAGCGUGGUGCUGAGCGAGCCGGCGCAGCCCGUGUACACCUGGGGGCUGCGGGGCGCGCCGGGCGCGGCGGCGGCGGCGGCGCUGCGGGCGCGGGGCGCGGCGCUGGUGGCGGCGCGGCGCGGCGGGCACAUCACCUUCCACGGGCCCGGGCAGCUGCUCGCCUUCCCCGUGCUCGACCUGCGCCGCCGCCGCCUGCCGCUCCGCGCCUACGUGGCCGGGCUGGAGGCGCUGGUGCUGCGGCUGUGCCGCCGCCUGGGGCUGGGCACGGCCCGGGCUCUGCCGCCGCCCUACACCGGGGUCUGGAUGGGCGACAGCAAGCUCUGUGCCAUCGGUGUGCACUGCGGGAACCACAUCACCUCGCACGGGCUGGCGCUGAACUGCUGCACCGACCUCUCGUGGUUCGAGCACAUCGUGCCCUGCGGGCUGGAGGGCAAGGGCGUCACCUCGCUCAGCCGAGAGCUGGGACAGCACGUCGCCGUCAGCCACGUCCUCCAGCCCUUCCUCGACUCCUUCCAGGAGGUGUUUGAGUGCACGUUGGUCUCCUCGGAAGAGCCCGGGGUCUAGGAUCCUUGUGCUGCCUUGGCCGGCUGUGCCCCGCCCCAGGGCAGCCCCGGGGGUCUCUGUGCUGAGAUAAAUUCUCGUGCCUUUGCCUGUGGACUGUGAGUGAACCGUGGCACAGGGUUUCAGGCUGCUGCUUGACCAUCCAAACCUGCCCUGUGAGUCUCCAUCCCUCACUGAGACCUCCGUGGGUACCACUGAGCAUCCAAACCUGCCCCGGGGCUGUUCUCUGCAUCCCCGUGAGUCUCCAUCCCUCACUGAGACCUCCGUGGUACCACUGAGCAUCCAGACCUGCCCCGGGGCUGUUCUCUGCAUCCCCGUGAGUCUCCAUCCCUCGCUGAGACCUCUGUGGUACCACUGAGCAUCCAAACCUGCCCCGGGGCUGUUCUCUGCAUCCCCGUGAGUCUCCAUCCCUCACUGAGACCUCCGUGGGUACCACUGACCAUCCAAACCUGCCCCGGGGCUGUUCUCUGCAUCCCCGUGAGUCUCCAUCCCUCACUGACACCUCCGUGGGUACCACUGACCAUCCAAACCUGCCCCAGGGCUGUUCUCUGCAUCCCCGUGAGUCUCCAUCCCUCGCUGAGACCUCUGUGGGUGCUACAUCCCCACGUCACUUGCUCGGGAAGUACCCAAACAGGUGCUUUUGUGGGUUUUUUUUCUGCUUUUUGCCCCACAGAAAUUAAAAUGUUUGUGUGAAUGCUCACGGAUUCACAGGAAUUCACGUGGGUCAUUCUUCCCUUGCUGGCGGGUAAAAAGAGAUUUUAUACAUAAAGAGAGUUGCUGGAA